AUGGGCCAAGUGGUUAAAGUAGAGGAACGUAAUAAAACGGAGGAACUGAAGGGCAGCGUUAAGGAGGGAGUGGCUGCUGGAAAUUCCUCCUCCAACUACAUCAGGCAGCUGGAGACGAAAGUGAGGAUACUGGAAGACGACAACAACAAGCUCCUCUCGCAGGCUUAUAGCCGGUAUAGCUUAUCACAAAUACAGACGAAAAAGCAGUGUAACCCAGGUGACCUCCGUGCCCUGAGGAAGGGAAUGACUCUGUACCACUCAGAGUCCCAGCUGUCCUCACUGCCGCAGCGCCAGGAAGCCAUGCACAUGGGUACAGGCCGUCUACCAACCAGCGAGUCCUCUCCUGCCACAGGAUACCUGUCCUGCGUCCAGAAGCCAGAGGCGGUGGUGCACGCCAUGAAGGUGCUGGAGGUCCACGAGAACUUGGACAAGCAGGUUCCUGAGGACUACGAGGACGACCUCAGCGAGAAGGAGAAGGCCAUUGUGCGAGAGAUGUGCAACGUUGUGUGGAGAAAACUGGGUGAUGCAGCAGGAUCAAAGCUGUCCAUCAGACAGCACCUCUCUGGGAACCAGUUCAAAGGGCCGCUGUAGCGUGGCAACCGGCGAGAGACGGGAUCUACAGUAACCUACGCUCACCUGAAUACAGCUCCACCUCUGACCCUUCAUGCUCCUUUACUGCCUACAUCACCCAGCAUUCCUUCAGCGAGAACACUCAGACCGGCUACACAGAACGGACCCUGUUAGUCUGUCGUUCACAACUUUUUUUUUUCUUCUCUCUCAGAGCUUAUGUUGACAACUGGCAGCUAGUUUCACCGAUUCGGAGGCUUUCCGAUGCUCUCUCUGCACCGCUUCUCAGCCCCUUCUUGUUUUUUUUUUUCGAGCGUCGCCGUGCUACAAUAAGGUUCCAAGCACAGAGCCGACAAGGCCGCGGGGGGCGGACGUGAAGGACACUAUCUCCAGAUAUAGUUCCUCCUUGUAGAGAUCCCCAGCUCCCGUCACAUGUAUCGCUCCCCCCCUCUAGUGGUCGACGAGUAUAACUAGCAUUAGCAUUCUAAACAAAUGUUAACUAAGUGAAACCCACUGUGACCUAGCGCCUUUUUUUUUUUUUGCUCGUAAGACAAGUCUAUUGAUAAUAAAGUCUAGAGAUCACUGUUAACUCGUGUAUAUUAUGUAUAAAACCAUAGCACUACUUCAUUGUUGAUUUUGUAUUCUAGCGUGGCCAUGUGAUCAAUAAUUCAGUUUGAAAAAGCACACACACACACACACACACACAAACAACCGGACCUUAAACAGGGUUUGCUUUUGGUAAUAAUUUCUUUUUUAUUCUUUUUUUUCCAAGAUGAAUUCCUAUUGUUCCUUCUGACAAACGCUAUUGAGGCCAUUCUUCAAUCUCCAUUUGGACUGAUCUUUUUUUUUUCUUACUUUGUGAAACUGAAAAAAAAAAAAAAAACAACAACAACAAAAAAACAACUGUAUGCUGUGUGCAUGCUUGACAAUCAUUUUCUCAGGUUGGGAGGGCUACAGCUUUACCUUUUGCCCAUUUGUGAGUGCGUUUGUGCGGCGUGAGUGAGUGGAAGGAGGCUGAGUGGUUCUCUAACAGCUGUAGCAUCUGCCUGUGAAUCCUCUUUUUUUUUUUUUUUUUUGGCUAUUUGAACCCUGGUUACAACACGGUUGAAGACUGCUGAAGACAUUUUCUGAAUCCGUACGAAUUUCGAGGUGAAAUAUGAUGUCUGGAUG